UCUAAAGAAGAGAAGAGGGGAGAAGAAAUGGAGAAUGAGAAGAGGAAGAUAAUGAUAGUUGGGGGAACUGGCUACAUUGGGAACCACUUGGCCAAGGCCAGCUUGCUGUUGGGCCAUCCAACUUAUGUGUAUGCUCGUCCCAUCACCCCACGAACCACUCCUUCCAAAGUUGAGCUUCGCAAGGAGUUGCAGUCCAUGGGAGCUACCUUUGUCCUGGGAGAAGUGGAGGAGCAUGAGAAGAUUGUGUCGGCACUUCGGGAAGUGGACAUAGUUAUCUCUGCACUGGCAUACCCUCAAGUUCUUGACCAACUCAAAAUCAUUGAUGCCAUCAAAGUUGCUGGUAAUAUAAAGAGGUUCCUUCCAUCAGAUUUUGGGGUUGAAGAGGACAGGAUAACCCCUUUACCCCCUUUUGAAGCAUUCCUAGAAAAAAAGAGGAAGAUCAGGAGGAUCAUAGAAGCUGCUGGGAUUCCUUACACAUUUGUUUCUGCAAAUUGCUUUGGUUCAUACUUUCUUAAUUACUUGCUUCAUCCACAUGAGAAAGGAGACGACAUUGCCGUAUAUGGAAGUGGUGAAGCAAAGGCGGUGCUAAAUUACGAAGAAGAUAUCGCUAUGUACACAAUCAAAGUGGCUACUGAUCCUAGAACAUGCAACCGCGUUGUCAUUUAUCGGCCCCCAAAGAACAUCUUGUCACAAUUGGAGCUAAUAACACUUUGGCAAAAGAAGACUGGUCGAAGUUUUAAUAAGGUCCAUGUCCUGGAGGAAGAAAUAGUGAAGCUUUCUAGAAGUAUGAAUCUACCCUUCAAUGAGUUUCUUAUCAACAAGUUUAUUGUGCAUAUCCCACAAAUAUUUUUACCAACCGUACCACCUCCAAACGACAUACCAAUAUCUAUCCUUCACAGUAUAUUUAUCAAAGGCCAGACAGUAUUUGAACUGGGGGAGGAAGACAUGGAGGCUUCAAGGCUAUAUCCAGAUUAUGAAUACACAACCGUCCAUCAACUUCUUGAUAUUUUUCUUGUUAAUCCCCCCAAGCCCGCAGCUGCUGCGUUCGCAUGAAAAAGUUGAAUUAAUGCUAUCUUAAGUGCUGAUGAAUAUUUGGACUGUGUUCACUUUUAUUUCCUGUUUCUAAUUAGUAGAAUUACGAACAUGUUUUAUUUUCUUUAAUAUUAUCAAGAUUACAAGAUCUAGAUGUCAUCUAAAUGAAGUAAACGUUCGGCAUAAGGCACAAUGUAAAAGAGAAAUUAAGUUCUAUUAAUUGAA